AUGUGCGAUCCAUUCUUAGAACGUGAAAAAGAACUGAUGAAACUAAAUGAAUUGUUGAAUAGUAAAAUGUCAUUCGAUCCAAAGACACCGAAAACGAAUAACGCAAAGUCAAAUAACAAAAUCAAAAAGUCCACAACAAGCAAACCGCUACGCAACGAUGCCAAUCAACCGAAAAAUGGUAUGAAAGAAGCAAAUAAAUUGAGAAUAGACAGCAGCUGUGAUGUCAAAAAACCAUUUGCAAACACCCACUCGACCGAUAAAUUAUGUGAAAAAUAUGAACUUGAUCCGAAGGACAACGCCUUUAAUCGAAACAAUAACAAUCAUGCGAAAAAUGAUGACGCGAACAAAAUAUGCAAUGAAACCAAGCGAACGACCGACGACAACGGCGGCAACGACAACAACAAUGACGCACCCAGCAAUGGUGAUACUAACAUGUGCGACACAUUAAUUGACACCAUCGAAAAAUCCAUCGAUACUAAACCAUCGACAAACGCAACACAAUUAAGCCUCAUUCCGGGCAAUGUGUUUCGGAAAAAUACCAGCGCCGAUGGAAUUAUCAAAUUCCUCAAAGCUAAAGUGACCAUAUUGCAGCAAGAAUUGAACUUGAGCCAUACGGAGAACAUAAAAAAUCUGGAUAAUUUGGCCAAAGCCAUUGAAUUACAAAAGAAAACCGAGGCGGCGCGUUGUCAGGCCGUACAAAGCAUUAACGCCUUGAAUGCUCAAAUUCAAAAAUUGCAACAAAAUGAGAUGAACAUUACGUUAAAGUUGAAGGAGAAUGAGUCAGUUCAACAGUCGCAUCGCAAAGAGUGUGACGAGUUGAGAUUAAAAUUGAAGACGGCCCAUCAAUCGAAUGCUUCGCUUGAGUUGCGUCUACAGAAGAGUCUGGACGAUUUGGAGUGUUUGCGCAAAAACUAUCGUGUAAUAAAAAAUACGGAAAAAGAUCUACAAUUAUCGUUACAGCAUGAGCGAACAUUCUAUGAGAAUCAAUUGAAAAUGAAUCAAAAGCAACGCAACGAUCUCAUCGCCGCUCUCAAAAAGCAUAUGCUACUCAUCGGCAAUUUGAAGCAACAAAAUACCUGUCUCACCCAAGCGAAAUGCAUUCAAAUGUCAGAGAGUGAAUUUCUCAAAAUUUUGGACUGGAACCAUUCAAAUGGCACCAAAAAUCAUUAAACAAUUCACUCACGGCAUACUCACCGACUAAGCAAAUUACACGCUAUCGAUAUUUUUUGUAG